AUGUACUGGCGAGCCAGUACAUACGUCCGGUCCGCUGCUGGCGAUAGUGACAUGUUCGGUGUCUCGGUGGGUUUACACCAGGGGUCGGCUUUAAGCCCGUAUCUGUUCCUCCUGGUAAUGGAUGCUUUGACAUUAAACAUACAGGAGGAGGCACCCUGGUGUAUGCUUUAUGCCGAUGACAUCGUGCUUGUCGGGGAGGAUGAAUGCGAGGUACAGAGCAGGUUGGAAGAAUGGCGGGUUAAAUUGGAGGGAGCUGGUCUUAAAAUCAGCAGGACCAAAACUGAACAUUUGUUUUGCGAUUUUGGCGGUCCGACCAGCUUCUCUCCAAUCGCCUUAAAUGGUGUGCCUCUACCAACCUGCUCCGACUUUAAGUACCUCGGUUCUCUAGUCCAGUCCGACGGUGGCGUUGACCGAGACGUAAAAAGCCGAAUAAAUGCAGGUUGGAUGAAAUGGCGACAGGUUACUGGUGUGACUUGUGAUCCAAGAAUGCCUCUUAGGCUUAAGGGACAGAUCUACAAGUCCAUCAUAAGACCUGUCGUGAAAUUCUGGCUUCGGAAUGAGAACGCUUACCGCUGCAGCGGGACUGGUGCUGCGGAUUCAGCACACGUGGCUCUCGCCGCUCGCCGCACGCCGCACGCUCGACCUAUGCUCUACGUGAUCAGACUCUACGAUUUCUAG